CAUGCGUUAGUGUUUCAUUAGAUAACCACUUAAUUUGUGUAUUCGCUUACACUACAUGCGAGUUUAUGUUCGACGAAAUAACAGACGGAAAAGAGUUAGGAACAGAGACUCGCAUUUCAAAAUUUGAAAAAUGUAUGGUAUCGUCGUGUUUGCUACUAGUUUGUGCUUAAUAGCAUGCGCACUCAACGUGCAACUGUCAGUAAAUGUGCCCUCUGCAGACGUACAACUGUCCUGCUACUGGGAAGGUGAUACAAAGGUGGUAGCAUUUUUGAGAAAGAAUAAAAUAUCUGAUAAAUUUCGAACCGAAUUUGAGGUAAUGUAUAAAACUUACAAAUGUACAGUUCGUCAACCAUAUGCUUACAACGUUCAAUGCAAGUGCGUAAUCGACGGGAGUGUACAUUGUAACUUGAUCGACCUCAGUGUUGGCCUUGAUGACAGUCAGUGGAGAUGCGCAAUCGCAGCUGAAGGAACGUUUAAUCACAGCAAUGAUGUUACCAUACGCGCUAAUGCAAUUAGUGUGUCAACCUUUUCGUCGGCUGACUCAUGUCAAUGUAAACCGGACUAUGGGCUUGCUGAUUCAAAUGAGAAAACAACAUGCCCUGCUAUUGUUGUAACAUUGGCUUGUGGGAACAUAAUCCUUGGCGCCAGUAUUCUUGUGCUGUUGUUCAAGACACAUUUGACAGUCUGUCUUCGACGUGCUUUUGGAAAUGAAACAGAUUCGUCAGCAAACAGACAAGAAGCUUCAGUCAUUGAGAACAAUGCAGCUUCAGCCAUUGAGGACACGUACUUGACAGUCAAUGACAACGAAACCACAAUGGUGGAAACGUUCUGCACUUAA